AUGGCUACACAGAAGGAGAGAAACCCCUCUAACGGCACUCCCGGCACCACUCCUACCCCACCUCCAGCCUCUGGCCUACAGACAGAGGGAGGCAUGGCAACAAGACCAGCUGCUGAGUCUCCUGAAACCACUACGAACCAGACUUCAGGCUUCGACCCAAACAUGAUGGAGAAUUUUUUCUCCUUCAUGGCCUUUUACGAGCAACAUCAGCAAGAAGCACCUGCGCAGUCAAGCAACAACAACAACAACAACAACAACAACAACAACAACAACAACAACAACAACAACAACAACAACAACAACAACAACAACAACAACAACAACAACAACAACAACAACAACAACAACAACAACAACAACAACAACAACAACGAUGUCACACCCAUGAGUGUCGACGGCUCAUCAUAUGCGCGCGGAAACCAGCAACAACCUACCUUCGCCCCAUACGAGCCUCAACACCAAGGCACCGCCGACAGCGACGCCAUCGUCAACUUCACCUCUUGGACACACCCGCCAGACCUCGACCUCGACUUCAGUCCCGGAGGCUUCUGGUACUCGCACACCAUACCUGAAGCAGAACGAACAAGAGCGUUAGCAACAAUUCAACAACCAGAGACAACAUCGGCAGCAGCAGAGACAACAUCGGCAGCAGCAGAAACAACAUCGGCAGCAGCAGAAACAACAUCGGCAGCAGCAGAGACAACAUCGGCAGCAGCAGAAACAACAUCGGCAGCAGCAGAAACAACAUCGGCAGUAGCAGAGACAACAUCGGCAGCAGCAGAGGCAACACCCGCAGCAGCAUAA